AUGUUUCCAUUAGAUUACACGUGUAUAAAUGUUGCAAUCCAACCAUUUUUAUUUGUUGUUUUCUGUUGUGCUGUAUUGUGGAUUAUAAAAUGCACGAACUAUGGAAGACUGACAGGACCACUGUGUUUUCCAGUUGUAGGACAUUUACCAUUCUUUAUUUACCAUCCUGAGCAGACAUUAGCAAGAUGGCAACAAACCUACGGUAACGUGUAUACGAUACGUCUAGGGAGCUGGGAAACAGUCGUCGUGAACGGGUUCAAAGCAAUUUCUGAAGCAGCAAAGCGUCCAGAUGACACAUUUUCCAGUCGACCGCCAUUUUUAACUCAGAGAGCGCUAAGAAACUUAAAUUUUGGUGAAGAAUCACUCAUCAUCUCGCCAUUUGAUAUUUCCUUUGUCAGACAUCAGAAGCUGACGUCAUCGGCACUGCGUUUUUUCAUGAAAACUAGUUUCGAUUCAACACAAAAUAUUGUCGCUGACGAAGCAAACAAAUUAGCGCGUAGACUUCUACAUAAAUGUCUGUCAUCAGAACACGAUGUAGAUGUAGCAGACGACAUUCAGUUAGCAGUUGGGACUAUUUCUUUCAAAAUUUUCUUCGGAAAUGAUAGUACAGAGGAAACUGAAAUGAACAUUAAGAAAAUUAUACAGACGACAAAUGACGUCAUUAGAAUAUCCGGAGUCGGAAACCUGGUGGAAGUAAUGCCGUGGUUAGAAUAUGUUUUGCCAUUGAAGGUUUCAGAAUAUAUUCAUAACCUUCAGCGGAUUGCAAAUAUUCGUGACCAGCAGAUAGCCGCUCACAUCUGCACAUUUGACGAAAACCACAUUCGUGACGUCAUCGACGCAAUGUAUACCCUAGAAUCAGAUUCUUCAGAUGGAUUUAAUCAGAGAAACGCAGGAAUGUGUUCACAGAGUAAAUUACUUUGUACAAUACAGGAUUUCAUUGGCGGUGGUUUUGAAACAAGUACCGCUCUGAUGAUCUGGUUGGUGAAAUAUAUGGCAGCUUACCCAGAUGUCCAAAAACGGGUGCAAGAUGAAAUAGGCAUCGGGAGGAACAUUUCUUACAAAGACCGAACAAAGUUGCCGUACACCGAGGCUGUUUUACACGAGGUUAUGCGAGUCUCUUGUGUCUUACCUUUCGCCCUCCCUCAUUACACAACGAAAGAUACACAACUGCUUGGACGGCUGAUAAAAAGAGACACAGUUAUAAUUUUCAACCUUCAUUCCGUUGCGUUUGAUAAAGAUCUUUGGGGUGAUCCCGAAACUUUCCGCCCGGAGCGCUUCUUAACAGCAGACGGCGUGGACAGAGGAAAAUGCAGUCUUGUUCCCGCGUUUGGAUUUGGAAGGCGAAAGUGUAUUGGUGAAAAUCUGGUACGGAUGGUGAUAUUCGUAUUAUUUUCUACAUUGUUACAAAAAUGUUCCUUUACGCAUGAAGGCGGAGAUAUAAACUUUGAGCCAGUUGCUAAUUUAGUUUACAGACCUAAACCAUUCCGUGUUUCUGUAAAAAAGCGAAUUUAGUUCAAAUGUUAUACGCCAUGUAUUUUUUUUGCGCCAACAGACCACCCCUUUUAUAUGGUAAAGUUUACAAAAAAUAUUACAAGUUCCAUAUUUAAAAAUUUCAAAGUAUGUUUUCGAUGUGGCACUUUCAGCUGCUAGGCAACGAUGUAGAACAGACUUAUAUGCCA